AAUAAUUUUAUAUACAUCGAUAAGGCCGGGGCGUUGUGAUGUUAACGUAUUUUUAAGCUGAGAGUAAUAUUUUAUACACAAAUGCAUAUUAUGCAUUUGUACAAAGAAAACAAAUUAAAAUGAUAAUUAUAGUGUUAUUAGUGUUGACGCAUACAUCUUGGAUGCAGUCCCAUCUUGUAUAUCCAGUAAACUAUUGCUAUAUGGCAUCCACUUGCGUCCACGACAGCCAGCAAGUGUGUGGCCGGUGCCCAGACGGCUCGCAGCGGAAUUUCCUUGACAGAUGCGAUAUGUAUGAAUUCAACUGUGACUAUGGAACACGUUAUCGCGCGUGUACUGAAGUUGUGAAUGAAAACGUUAUUAUGCCAUCAAAACCAAGGAAAAAGACAACCAAAUUCAGUUUACCCGAUUGUAGGAGACCUAAAACGUGGGAGACUACUAUUAUUAAGCCAACAUCUACGAUUACUACCACUUUAACAACGCCUAUAUUUACUACUGCUAGCAUAUUGACUACAACAACAAUUCCAGAUACAACUUUAACUUUCAGUACCACAAACACAAUACGAACUCAAAAUACUAUUGAAACAUUACCUACUACAACUAUAAAAAGAAAGAAACUUACACAUAACGAUGAUGAUGAUAUAAUUAUUACUACCACCGUGCCUACUACCACUACAAGGACUAGAAAGCCUUCAAUUUCAACUACUAUACGCAGAAAUUAUACCACUUCUAUUACUACAACAAGAGAGCCUAUGGCUUCUACUUUCACAACCAAGAGUCCUAUGACUUUUACUAUCAUAACCAGAAGUCCUAUGACUUCAACUAUCACAACCAGAAGGCCUAUAACGUCUAGUACCACAACAAAAAGACCUACAACUACAACAACCAUCCCAAAAAAGACUACUACUACCACCACGACUACUUCUACAACCACGACAAGAAAACCAAUCACUACUACUACCACUUGUAAUACACCAAAAAAUCCUCCAUCAACGACCACAGUUGCUCCUAAAGCAAGCACUAAAUUUAAUCCACCCUUUACAUCUGCUUUUGCGACUACUACAACUACAUCAAGAACAUCUCAAAUGUCAUCUAAAAUCCCUUCUGAAUCUACGACCACUAAAGCUCGUACUACAACAAUAAUUUUAAAGACAACUACAACUACUAAGGCAGUCCCACCACAAAUAUCAAAAGAUAUAUUUAGCAAAAAAACUGUAGAAACUAGCACUAAAAAAAUAUCCGCGACUAUGACCGAACCUAUAACAAUAACAAGCAAACAGCGUUCAACUUCCAGUGCAACAUUAACUGAAAUAGCCCAGGAAUAUGAAACUAAAAGGAGACGCACUUCUUCCUGGUGGUAUCCUCAUCCAUGUAGAUCAAACAGAUGUCGCAGGCCACAUACGUGGUUAACUACACGACGAAGAAUGCGUGGCAAUGGAAGAAUCAGAGCGUUAAAAUUUCCCAAUGACUUUGAAAAUGAAAUAAAGUGAUAUUAUUUAUAAA